UCUCUCUCCCUCACGGCUCUCCAGAUCGGCCACAUUACAAGCAAUGCAUGUCUGAUACCUUCCUCCCUCCCCUGUCUUACUCUUUGUUUAACGACCCAAAAUGGUACAACCUGCAAGGCUGCGGAGCUUUUCAGCAGCGCUGAUCCAGUCCGCUGGUUGCACGAAACUCAAGCCAAUGCAACGAAAGUGCCGACCACCAGCGACCUUCAGUUCUGGGCCCGACUACAUCCAUAUCCUUUUUCCCAGGAAAUUGCAUGAGAUAAUAUCCUCCGCCAGCAGCUUCUCAACAUUGAAGGAUCCGGACUGUUCCUUUGCUUUUGGUGGCCUAUAGACCGUGAACUUGAUCGCCAUCGUCAUGGAGCAGUUAUCGAUAGUUCACGGACCAGAGGAGCCUCCUCUCUGGUCCAAGACCUUAAGGGAGCUGAUCGAGGAGCAGGCCGAUAUUUAUGGCGACAGAACAGCGCUGGUGACCCCAUGGCAGGAAACACGCUUGUCAUUUCGCGACCUGGCGGAGAACAGUAGAAUGCUGGCUAACGCGAUGGUGCACGCCGGAUUGCGUCUGGGCGAUUGCAUCGCUGUGUUUCUGGCAGGGGCGAGAAUUGGAUGUCCUGUGCUACCAUUGAAUAACGCAUACACUCCAGCUGAGGUACUUCGAGCUCUGCAGAGGAGUUCGACCAGGCUGCUCUUCAUCGCGUCGCGGAUCGGCCCUCGCAGCUUGGCGGCUCAUCUCCAGACUUUGAUAUCUCCCUCGUCGCGAAUGGUGCUGCCCGAGCUUCGUGAUAUUGUAUGCUUCGACAUCGAAGAGUCUGGCACACAGCCAUACAUUCAGGGCUAUGGAUCCUUUCUCGCGUCAGGCGAUGCAGCGGGACACGAUAGCAGGUUUCUGGAUGCGGCCGAGCGUAUUGUUCGACACUCCGAUAAUCUGAGUUACCAAUUCACAUCAGGCACGAGUGGAGAGCCUAAGCUGUCUAUGCUCACCCACCGCGGCCUGAUCAACAACGCCCGCCUCGUUGGUGACGCCAUGCGUCUCACCCCAGAUGAUGUCGUCUGCUGCCCACCACCUUUAUUCCACACUUUCGGUCUGGUGCUCGGCUUCCUCAACGCAUUCGCCCAUGGCAGCGCGAUCGUCUACCCUUCGGACCAUUUCCAUGCGGAAAGCGUGAUCGACGCGAUCGUCCAAGAAAAUGCCACAGCGCUGCUGGGCGUCCCAACCAUGUUUGUGGCCGAGCUCGAAGCAUGCGUUGCCAAACAGGUUGACAUAACGACGGUGCGCGCAGGACUGGCAGCUGGGACCCCAGUCUCCGAGACAUUCCUCAGUCGGUUGGAGGAACGGUUUGGUGUGAAAGGCAUGCUGAUUGCUUACGGCAUGACCGAGACCAGCCCCGUGUCAUUCAUGACGUCCUUAGACAAUCCCAAACAUAAAGCGAUGAAUAGUCUGGGGAGGAUCCUCCCACAUGUAUCAGCCAAGGUUAUCAACGAAGACGGUGCCAUUGUACCGCGUGGAGAGAGUGGAGAAUUGUGUACGAGCGGGUUUGGCCUGCAGAAGGGGUACUUCGAGAAUGAAGCGAAAACAAAGGAGGCGAUGAAGAGGGAUGCAGAGGGAAGACUGUGGAUGCAUACUGGUGACCAGUGUCAUUUGGACGCUGAAGGCUACUGCCACAUCAGUGGCAGAAUCAAGGAUGUCAUCAUUCGGGGGGGAGAAAACAUGUUUCCGCUCGAGAUCGAGGAGCGCCUUCUGCUUCAUCCAGCGAUCGCAGAGGUAAGUGUGGUCGGUGUCGCGGACCAAAAAUACGGUGAGGUGGUGGGCUGCUUCCUCAAGCUGACACAGGGACACAUCAAACCUCAAGACCAAGCUUUGAGAGACUGGGUUCGCUCAGAACUAAGUUGGCAUAAAGCCCCACAGCAUGUCUUCUGGAUUGGCGACGGAGGAGUCUGUCCUGACUUCCCCAAGACCGCCAGUGGCAAACAUCAAAAGCAUCUCAUGAAGGACAUUGCAAAAACGCACCUAGCAGGGGCGAGCUCAGGAAAGCAAAUGCUGCCUUUAUACUUGCACACGAUCGUGGCUCUCGCCAUCAUAAUCAACUUUUCUGACAUCAUCAUCGAGAAUUACAGCCAUUAUCGGUGAUGCAGAUUCUUGAUUUGGCCCCUUUGAUUGGGGGUCUUUAAUUGCAAGUUGAUUCUCAUAAAUCGCUUGGUCGUGCCCACCCCUCUGUAUGUUGCAAAGGCUAGUAGGCAUACGGUUUCGUGGUCAACUUUUCGGGCAUCAGUACAGCCACUAAUGAACUCGGAGGUUGAAGCAACGCCAAGCAUGUGAUUUGACUCCGGGGCAGAGACGUAUCGUACUGCUGUGGCUGGAUAGAAAGCUCGGUGGAACGAUGGUAACUAUCAUAGAUUUUGAUCGACUCUAUUCA